AUGAAAUUAGAUUCCCUUCUGUUAGUGGCUUGUGCGUCUUCUUUGACUGCGGCAUCGCCAAUUUCUGCUCUUUGGAGAAGAUUCACCGAGGACUCUCCAUCAGAAGUGCAGGCUGUCAAUGCUACAACCUUCACGUACCCACAAACUGAAACCGCUGAGCUGUUUCCUAUGGAAACAUGCCAGGGUAUCACUCUAGAAGGUGCCACAAUCGACCAACUCCAGGACUACCUAGGGAAGGGCGUUUUGACUUCGCAAGACAUUGUUCGCUGCUAUUUCAACCGCUACCUGCAGGUCGACGGUUAUGUCAACAGUAUCAUGCAGGUAAACCCAGACGUGCUGGCCAUUGCAGCGGAGAGGGACGAAGAGAGGGCACAGGGACUCGUGAGAGGACCUCUGCACGGUAUUCCAUUUUUGGUGAAAGAUAACUAUGCCACCAAGGACAAAAUGGACACAACUUGUGGGUCCUGGGCGUUGUUGGGCUCCAUUGUUCCUAGAGAUGCCCACGUUGUUGCAAGACUGAGAGACGCAGGCGCUGUCUUGUUUGGACACGCCACGCUAAGUGAAUGGGCUGAUAUGCGCUCGUCUGGGUAUUCGGAAGGCUACUCAGCGCGCGGUGGACAAUCGCGCUCUCCUUUCAACUUGACAGUCAACCCUGGUGGAAGCUCUUCUGGAAGUGCAGCUGCAGUUGCAGCAAACAUGAUCAUGUUUAGUCUUGGGACUGAAACAGACGGAAGCAUCAUUGAUCCAGCCAUGAGAAAUGGUAUUGUGGGCUUCAAACCUACCGUCGGACUGACUUCCCGAGCUGGUGUUAUUCCAGAAUCAGAACACCAAGACUCCACCGGCACAAUGGCCAGGACUAUGAGAGAUGCCGUGUAUGCCUUUCAAUCUAUGUGGGGUGUCGAUGCCAGGGAUGUGUACACUUUGAACCAGACAGGAAACGUUCCCGAAGAUGGCGAUUAUGUGAAGUUCCUCUCCGACAAGAGUGCUUUGAAAGGUGCAAAGUUCGGACUUCCAUGGAACAAACUUUGGAGUUUAGCUAAACCAAAUCAAAUUCAAAGACUCAUGGAAGUUGUGAAGGAAAUCGAAGACGCUGGCGCAACUGUUUACAACAACACCGACUUUGGAAACCUUGACGUAAUUUCAAGUAAGGGAUGGAAUUGGGAUUUUGGACGCACAAAUGAAAGUGAGUUCACUGUUGUAAAGGUCGAUUUCUACAAUAACAUCAAAGCGUACCUCAGUGAGCUACAGAACACAGAGAUGAAAUCGUUGGAAGACAUUGUGGAGUACAACAUCAAGUACACAGGAACAGAGGGCGGUAUCAACGGCACAGUUCCAGCCUUCAAAUCUGGUCAGGAUUCCUUCAUGGACUCUCUCGCAUGGGGCGGAGUGAAGAACGAAACCUACUGGCAAGCCGUUGAAUUUGUUCAAAGAACCUCAAGAGAAGAGGGUAUCGAUUACGCGCUAAAUUACACUGAUUCGAGCACCGGUGAGAAUUUCAAAUUAGACGGUCUACUUGUUCCAAGUGGACUUUCUAUCACAUACCAGCAGGCUGCAAAAGCAGGAUACCCUAUGGUCACACUACCAGUGGGCGUUGAUCCAACAAAUGGCAGACCUUUUGGUCUUGGAAUCAUGCAGAGCGCUUGGGAAGAGUCAAAGCUUAUCACUUAUGGUUCUGCGAUUGAAGAUCUCUUGAACUACGAAUGCAAGCCUCAAUUUUAUGAAUAUCUUGCCAAAAACAUUCCUGUCGUCUAA